GUUAGUUAUUAGUAGUAGCUGCAUUGAAGUGCUGCUUAUUUUAUAUUACGAGUGACACGGGUGAUACCACAGAAAUUGAAAAUAUUCACUAUCGAAUAAACCAAAAGAAAAUAUCAACAUGGCUACCAGUACACCCAAUCCAGUACAUCCAUCAAAUGUCGUCGAUGGUGAAACCACUAAAGGACAGGCACCACUAUAUCAGCAUUAUACAAAUGCAGGAGACCAUGUCUACGACAAUAGUCACACUGGCGAGUGUGUUAAACAACCACUGGGCACUGACGUACACCACCAGACACAACCAGACAUGUACCCACAAGGCCUGUACUAUUCUGAACAAGCACCACCUGCAUACAGCUACCAGAGUGUAAAUGUUCAGUUGCCAAAUAUCCCAGUAACGCAGCAAGUCACUCUUAUUCAAACGGAAGACACCGGGACUGGUUCUUACUCUGGAGAUAUAUGUGCACUAUUUUACGCCAUAUUGUCCUUUUUCUUCUGCUUUUUGCUCGGCAUAUAUGCAAUAGCCUUCGCGAUUGCUGCUAUAUCUACUCGUGGCCGCAGUGGUAGAGUUGCAGACCAGUACUGCAAGGUAUCAGCAGCUCUCGCUUCAGUAGCAGCAAUCAUUUGUUUUAUCCUCAUCGUAUUUUUGCUAAUCAUUCUUCUUUGAAUCAAUCUUUCAUGAAUUACAAGUCUUUAAAUAUUUAUACCUUACAAAAUCAUGACGUGCCCCUUACUAUUCAUCAAUUUCGGGGUUAACCGAUUAACAAAUAAACAACUGAGUGAUCUAGUCAUAGCUUCUAUAUUUAAAAAUAACGGGGAUGUGUGGGAGGUAGAUUUGAAGGAUAAGCAAGUUCGACUUGAUUGAUUAUGUAUUUUUUUGGAACUCUUGUAUGACAUUUACAUGUAGUAUACGUGCCAGUUAGGACCAUUUAUGUCAAUUGUUACAGCACACAGUAAU